AGGAGUCCCGCAGAGAACAGCGAGUAGGUGCAGUACUCUCUGGUUUGCCCUUCUGCCCAGCCCAUUUGGGCAAGGCUGUAAAGUCUACUCCUGGGACCCUGAGGCAUAGGGUGGCAUGCCUGAACUUGCCUUUUCUAGGUUUUCCUUGGCUUCACCUUUGAUGGGAGUGGAGGGAGGAGGGAGGGAAGGGAGAGAGGAAGAAAGGGAGAGGGAGAGAGUCCUGGUCCCAAGGGGAAGGAAGCAGCACUUGAACUUCAGUCCGGACUCCAUCACAUGUUCUGUGGGGACAGUCAGCCCUCCCUCGGAUCACAGACCCAGCGGUUUCCCUCCUGAGCUGAGAGGUACCGCCCCCUCCCCCUGCGGAGCCCUGGGAUUCCCGCCCGGAUCAGCCUGGUCACCCGAGUUGGCAUCGCACACGGGGGGCGGGGCGGACAGAGUCCAGUGGGUAUAAAGGCAGCUGCGGAGGGCUUAACUCAAAGCCACACUCAGGAUACAAGCGACAUGGCCCUGCCCGCGCUCCAGGCCCAGCCACCAGGCGGCUCUCAACUGAGGUUCCUGCUGUUCCUGUUGCUGUUGCUGCUGCUGCUGUCAUGGCCAUCGCAGGGGGACGCUCUGGCAAUGCCUGAGCAGCGACGCUCCUUCCCUGAGUCCCAGCUCAACGCCGACGAGCUACGGGGUCGCUUCCAGGACCUGCUGAGCCGGCUGCACGCCAACCAGAGCCGGGAGGACUCGAACUCAGAACCAACCCCCGACCCAGCUGUCCGGAUACUCAAUCCAGAGGUGCGACUGGGGUCCCACGGUCAUCUGCUACUCCGCGUCAACCGGACGUCGCUGACUCAGGGUCUCCCCGAAGCCUACCGCGUGCACCGAGCUCUGCUCCUGCUGACGCCGACGACCCGGCCCUGGGACAUCACUAGGCCCCUGAAGCGUGCGAUCAGCCUCCAGGGACCCCGUGCUCCCGCACUGCGCCUGCGCCUGACGCCGCCUCCCGACCUGGCCAUGCUGCCCUCUGGCGGCGCACGGCUGGAACUGCACUUACGCGUGGCCGCCGGCAGGGGGCGCCGAAGCGCGCAUGCGCACCCAAGAGACUCGUGCCCGCUGGGUCCCGGGCGCUGCUGUCACCUGGAGAGUGUGCAGGCAACUCUCGAGGACCUGGGCUGGAGCGACUGGGUGCUGUCCCCGCGCCAGCUGCAGCUGAGCAUGUGCGUGGGCGAGUGCCCCAACCUCUACCGCUCCGCGAACACGCAUGCGCAGAUCAAAGCACGCCUGCAUGGCCUGCAGCCUGACAGGGUGCCUGCCCCGUGCUGUGUCCCCUCCAGCUACACCCCGGUGGUUCUUAUGCACAGGACAGACAGUGGUGUGUCACUGCAGACUUAUGAUGACCUGGUGGCCCGGGGCUGCCACUGCGCUUGAGCGCCGGGCCCUGCUCCUCACCUACACUCCCCUUCAAGGAUGCUAUUUAUAUUUGUAUUUAUUAAUAUUAUUAAUUUAUUGGGGUCGGGCUGGGUGGAUGGAUUGUGUAUUUAUUUAAAACUCUGCUAAUAAAGGUGAGCUUGGUUUCUA